UACAUGCUACCCAUUUCAUUUUUCUAUCACACAUUAUCACCCAUUAGGCUACUAUGCCAAAUCUCUCCCCCAAAAUGCUCCUCCAACUCCGCCUCCUCCUCACGGCGGCGACACUAAUCGCCGCCAUAACAUCCACCACAUCGACCCGCGAAUGCCCGCCAUGCGGCACCACACGUGUACCAUACCCACUAAGCACAUCCCCCACGUGUGGUGACCAAGACUACACAAUCCAAUGCAACAACAACACUAACACACUUUUAUUCCCUACAUCAAACAACACUUAUACCAUCACAUCCAUCACACCACAAAAUCAACGGUUAGUAAUUGAGCCCUCACCUUUCUUACCCAACACAUGCGUCACAUCAGAUAUUUCCACCCAAGGUGUCCAACUUAACCAAACGGCACCGUUUAACGUCACGGGUGACAACACAAUCAUGUUCCUUAAUUGCUCCCGAACUCUCUUGCGGUCCCCACUUAACUGCUCCUCCAACAGCCUUUGUCACGUGUAUAUUAAUUCUACACGUGACGCGUCCGCGUGCGCGACCACACCUAUUUGUUGUACUUUUCAAGCUGGAGGUGGAGCGACGUCGUAUUCUAUCCGGGUCAGAGAAGGAGGUUGUCAGGGUUAUAGAAGCUUUGUGGGCUUGGACCCCAAUAGGCCCGUGGGCCAGUGGGGUCGGCCCGGGUUAAUGAUCCAGUGGAGGCUUCCUCAGGAACCUGUUUGUGGAACUCAGGCUGAUUGUACCGUUGAUGAAGGGAAUUCCACGUGUAGGGCUGAUCCUAACUCUGUUGGAAUUAGUAGGUGUUUUUGUAAUUCUGGCCUUCAUUGGGAUGGAAUCAAUGGAAUUUGUGCUCAUAAUAAUGUUUGUGAAGAUGAAGGGGGGUGUGACAAUUCAAAUAAAGCUGCCUUAAUAGCAGGUUUAGUAUCAGGACUAGGAGGUGCACUGGUCGUUGGUACCAUAGCUGUACUAUAUUACCAACGCCAGCGCAAGAUCAAAGAAGCCUUAGAGCGGAUAAAGAAAGAGCGAGAAGAGAUCCUAAACUCCGGAGGAGGAAGAACUGCUAAGAUCUUUAACGGCAAAGAGAUCAAAAAAGCCACCAACAACUUCUCUCGUGACCGCCUCUUAGGCUCUGGUGGUUAUGGUGAUGUCUUCAAAGGUACUCUAUAUGACGGUACACUUACUGCUGUCAAGUGUGCGAAAGUUGGAAACGCGAAAGGAACUGAUCAAAUCUUGAAUGAAGUCCGAAUCCUAUGCCAAGUUAAUCAUAAGAGUCUUGUUCGUUUGCUUGGUUGUUGUGUUGAGCUCGAGCAACCUAUAAUGGUUUACGAGUUUAUUCCUAAUGGUACCCUUUAUGAGCAUUUGCACGGUUUUGUACACAAAGGGUAUAGCCGCCUUUCUUGGUCUCAUCGUUUAAGCAUUGCAUAUCAUACUGCACAAGCACUUGCGUAUCUUCACUUCUCUGCUAGUCCUCCGAUUUAUCAUAGAGAUGUCAAGUCAUCCAACAUUUUACUAGACGAGAAGUUGCAUGCUAAGGUCUCAGAUUUUGGGUUAUCAAGGUUGGCUGAGACGGAUAUGAGCCACAUCUCAACCUGUGCACAAGGUACACUCGGGUAUCUCGAUCCUGAGUAUUAUAGGAACUAUCAGUUGACAGAUAAGAGUGAUGUUUAUAGUUUUGGAGUCGUGCUGUUGGAGCUUCUAACAUCACAAAGGGCCAUCGAUUUCAAUCGAGAAGCAGAUGAUGUAAACUUGGCCGUGUAUAUUAAGAGGCUGGUAGAUGAAGAGAGGAUGUUGGAUGGUGUAGAUCCUCUAUUGAAGCAAGGAGCUAGUACCUUGGAGAUAGACACGAUGAAGGCUUUGGGAUUUCUUGCUGUUGGAUGUUUGGAGGAGCGCAGACAAAAUCGGCCUUCAAUGAAAGAAGUUGCAGAAGAAAUUGAGUAUAUAAUUAGCAUUGCAGAAGCAAAGAAUGUGGAAGACUAGUUCCACUUUCAUAGCCUAACAGAGAUAUAUAUCUAUAUAGCUUCAGAUACUGCGUGUGUGUUUGUUUGUUUGUUUGUUCGUUCGUUCAAUAGCUUGGUCAUUUUUAAGGGUCUUCAGUAGCUUGUAGGGUGUAAUUGUGAAAUGGAAUGCACAUCUUUUUUCCUGGUUCUUAA